UUUUAAUUUCAAGCGCAUGCGCAUGCGCAAAGAUUUGGAGUAACAAAAAAAAAUAUAAGUGACACAUGGACUUAUAAUUGACAACAAGUAACACAUGUUUUUGUUAAAUGAAUUUAUUUGCUAAUUGAAAUUAUUCAUUACGUGACAAAAUAAAUAAAUUUUAACCUAUUUCAUCAUAAUACCGGUAAUUUUCAUCAUCAAUCCCAAGCUCGAGUUGAUUUAAUAAAUUUUUCAACAUAAAUGGCCGAAACAAUAAACUUUCCGGAAGAGGAGUCGAAGAUUCUCGAGUUCUGGCAGAAGAACGACGUUUUUCAAAACAGCUUGCGAUUAUCAAAAGGACGUCCGCGGUAUUCAUUUUACGACGGGCCGCCUUUUGCAACGGGUCUACCUCACUAUGGACACAUACUAGCCGGCACAAUAAAAGACGUGGUGACACGAUAUGCUCACCAGAAUGGCUACUACGUGGAGCGACGUUUUGGUUGGGACACGCACGGUUUGCCAGUCGAAUUCGAGGUAGAGAAAGCGCUGGGCAUCAAAGGUCCUGAGGAUGUCGCGAAAAUGGGCAUCGAUAAUUACAACAAAGAGUGCCGUAGCAUUGUGAUGAAGUACUCUGGGGAUUGGGAGAAAAUAGUGGGACGCAUGGGCCGUUGGAUCGACUUCAAAAACGACUACAAGACUUUGUACCCCUGGUUCAUGGAGUCUGUCUGGUGGGUCUUCAAAGAACUGUACAACAAAGGGCUGGUUUAUCAGGGAGUCAAGGUGAUGCCCUUCUCCACGGGCUGCAACACACCUCUGUCCAACUUUGAAGCAGGUUUAAAUUACAAAGAAGUUAUUGACCCGUCAAUUUACGUGGCCUUCCCACUUAAAGACGAGCCGGGCGUAUCACUGAUCGCUUGGACGACAACUCCAUGGACAUUACCCAGCAAUUUGGCGCUCUGUUGUAAUCCAAACUUCGAGUACGUGCUGGUAAAAGACAAGGUGUCACACAAGACUUACAUUUUGCUGGAGUCUGCGCUGGCUCAGGUGUACAAGUCUGAUGAUCUUUACGAAAUAAUUGGCAAGAAAAUGGGCUCUGAGCUUAAAGGAAAACGUUACGAGCCGCCGUUCAAUUACUUUGAGCACUUUAGAUCCCAAGGAGCUUUCCAGGUGCUCAAUGACUCGUAUGUUACUGCUGAAACUGGUACUGGAAUUGUCCAUCAGGCUCCGUACUUUGGCGAGGACGAUUACCGGUGCAAUUUGCAAGCUGGCAUCAUCACCAAGGACCAGAAUCCCAUUUGUCCAGUUGACAGUUGCGGUAAAUUUACUGAACAAGUAAAAGACUUUAGCGGGAUGUAUGUAAAAGACGCAGACAAGGAAAUUAUCAAGGUUUUGCAAGCUAAUGGCAAGUGCCUCAAGUACGCGGGAUGCAGUCACAGUUAUCCGUACUGCUGGAGAUCAGACACUCCGUUGAUCUACAAAGCCGUACCCUCCUGGUUCAUCAGAGUCGAGAGCAUCAAGGACAAGUUGCUGUCAACAACAGCCGAGACUUACUGGGUGCCGGAUUAUGUCAAGGACAAACGUUUUGGAAACUGGUUGCGCGACGCACGUGACUGGGCUGUCAGUCGCAAUCGUUACUGGGGUAAUCCAAUGCCACUUUGGAUCUCUGAUGACAAGAAGGAGGUUGUCUGCGUGGGAAGCAUCGCCGAGCUCGAGGAAUUGACUGGUACCAAAGUGACGGACAUCCAUCGCGAAAGUAUUGACCACUUGACAAUUCCAUCAAGACGUGGCCCAAACUUCGGAGUCCUCAAACGUAUUCCCGAAAUAUUUGACUGCUGGUUCGAAUCGGGGUCGAUGCCGUACGCCCAGAUGCACUACCCGUUUGAUAGAGUCAAAGAUUUCGAAGAAAGUUUCCCGGCAGAUUUCAUUGCCGAGGGUAUUGAUCAAACCCGCGGGUGGUUCUACACACUCUUGGUCAUCUCUACAGCUCUGUUUGAUAAGCCGCCGUUCAAAAAUCUCGUCUGCAAUGGAUUAGUCUUGGCAGCUGACGGACAAAAAAUGUCCAAGAGUAAGAAAAAUUAUCCGAACCCUAUGGAAAUAAUUAAUCGUUAUGGUGCCGAUGCGCUGAGAUUAUACUUGAUAAACUCCCCGGUCGUAAGAGCAGAAAAUUUACGUUUCAAGGAGGAAGGAGUCCGCGAUGUCAUCAAAGACGUUUUUCUCCCCUGGUUCAAUGCCUUCCGGUUUCUAAAUCAAAAUAUCGAGCGAUUUGAGACUGAAGAAAAAUGUAAAUUUGUGUUCCAUGACGUUGACGAGAUGAUAAAUGUCUCGGAUAAUAUCAUGGACAAGUGGAUUCUGUCAUUUACCCAGACGCUGCUGAUGCUCUUGAAGGAAGAGAUGAAGGCUUACAAGCUGUACAACGUUGUCCCAAAGCUGGUCAAGUACAUCGACAAUCUGACCAACUGGUACGUGCGCAUGAACCGGAAACGUAUCAAGGGCGAAGGCGGAACCAAAGACUGCGAGCAUGCUUUGAACACACUUUUCUACGUGAUCUACACGAUGGUGCGUAUCAACGCUCCAUUCACGCCGUUCCUCAGUGAAUUUAUGUAUCAGCGACUGCUGCCCUGGUUGCCCAAGACGAAGAACAACGAGAGUGUGCACUACCAAAUGAUUCCAGCCCCGCGAGAACAAUUGAUCAAUGAGGAAAUAGAACGUGCUGUCUAUCACAUGCAGACUGUUAUUGAUCUCGGUCGCAUUGUACGUGAUCGCAAGACUAUUCCAGUAAAGUAUCCACUGCCAGAGGUAGUCAUCAUUCAUCCGAGUCCGCGGAUUCUCGAGGAAAUAGUUCGGCUCAAGUCGUACAUCCUGGAAGAGCUCAAUGUCAAGGAGAUGACUGUGACGACGGACAAACAAAAGUAUGGAGUCGUCUUGCGUGCUGAGCCGGACCACAAGACUCUGGGAGUCAGACUACGAGGGGAAUUCAAAGCCAUGAUUAAAGCCAUCAAAGAACUUACUGAUGAUCAGCUGCAAGAGUUUCUGGUGAAGAAACAGAUUGUUGUAAACCAGCAUGUACUUGAAGAGGAAGACUUGAGGCUGAUGUUCAGUUUCUCUGGACCGACUGCCGAACAGCUGUCCCAGAAGUACGAGGCCCAUUGCGAAGGAAAUAUUUUGAUUCUGCUGAACAUCACGCCGGAUGAGUCGAUGCAGCAUGAAGGUAUUGCCAGAGAAAUAAUUAACAGAGUACAGAAAUUGAGGAAGAAGGCCCAGUUGGUGCCUACUGAUGCUGUUGAUGUCUACUACGAGAUAAAAGACUCCUCCAGCAUGCUGAAGAAAGUCAUUGACAGCUACAAAGAAUUUAUUGAGAGCACUACCAAGACACCGCAGCGUGAGUUGAAGGAAAUGGCCAGCGAUGCUGAUGUUAUUGUAGAAGAAAUGCAGAAGAUCAAGGGAGUAGACAUGAACUUGGUGUUGGUCAAGAGAGCCGGCAGUGGAGGAAAGAGACGGAGCGAACCGUUCCUGAAGUUUGUUAAUGUUAAGCUCGUUGAUGUCGAGUCAGCUGAUGCCAAGUCUGGUGAACUCGGAGUUGUUUUACUCCAGAGUCCUAGAACUGGUGACACUAUUGGUUAUCAGCAGCUCCGAGAUGAGAUUCGCGUCCUAUUUGGACUCUACGACAAGAAAUUUGAGUUGAGUAGCGGAAAUAAUUUGCUGUCAGAAAAAACAGAUUUAUUGGGAUUAAAUAAAAAAACAAUUUUGGUGAGCAAGUCUGGAAAGACUGACGCUGGUGCUGAGAAAGACUCUGCGCCUGCGUGCGCGUUUGUCAACGUCAAGUGUGAUGGCAAACAGGUCACUCUGAUGCUGGAAAAUCCGAGAGGAAAAUCAGUAAAUGCCGGGCCACUAAAAAAGAAACUUGAGUCUCUGUUCGAAGGUUUCGACUUUGAAGUUCCUAAUGCUGAUGCUCUUGUUGAUCAGCUCGACGGACUGGUUCUAGAACCUCUUAAAUAAUUUAAUUAAUUAAUUAGCUAUUCGACUUUUUUAAAAUGUAAUUAAAUAAAAUUUAUUUAUAAUUAAUAAAUAAAUUAAAAAUAAUAAAAUUUUACUGAUUUAUUUAAAAUUUAUUUAAUAAUUUUUUUCCUGGUUUUUGAAUUCGUAAUUUCGCGCCAUGCCGGCCAUUUUAAAUCAAACACGUGCCCUCUGCCGACUUGAUUACAAAUCGUUUGAUAAAAAUAUAAAAUUCUUGUGGUAUAUCAACAACAACAAUAAACAAUCUGUUUAAUGAAUUAACAAAUAAUUAAAUUAAAAUAAUUAUAUUGAAAAAAAGUGAAAUGAUUUCACCAGGACGUCUGACAUUUUCAUUUAGUAAAUUAUUUUACAAUAAAAUAAAACGUGAUUUAAC